AUGUCCUCCGAUGACAUGAGUAGCUAUGCGGCAGGCGGUUUCAUUUUUAGAAACCCUCUUGGAAGCCCCCUUGCUGCAGCUGCUUUCAACUUUGGUUCAACGACUGUUCCUGUAGCUAAAGCCCUAGCCCUCCGUAACGGCCUCAUUGAUGCAAAAAGAAGAGGCUUUAAAAAGGUGGAGGUUGAAGGCGACUCCAAGCUCGUAAUUAAUGUCAUUAAUGGCGUCUCUGCACCCCCGUGGAGAUUGCUUAAGCUUUGUCAAGAUAUUAAAUCCCUUCGAAGCUCGUUCGAGUUCAUCAGCUUCAAACAUGUUUUCAAGGAGGCGAACUUUGUGGCUUACGCCAUUGCAAACUUUGAUCAUAGGUUAGAUAAUUCGUGUGUUUGGGAGGAGUGUGUUCCUCCGGAUGCAGUUUUAGCUUUAACCUUUGACUCUGUAAACUCAUGGUGCACUAGAGGCACCUCUAUUUAG